CUGCAUUCUUCUAAUUUGGUCAUCUCUGGACAGACACCGCAGCUCCGCAACCCUGACCCGUCUUCCUGUAACCCCACCGCCGGAGAGGGCAGAAAACAGCAGGGAGUUGAAGUUCUCAAAUUCCUCCUUAGCUUGCGUUCAAGAUGGGGAGUGCCUAAAACUCUUGCAUUUCGUACAAAACAGCUUCAGAAUAUCAUGGCGCUUUCAGACGCAGAGUUGGGCAUUAAAGCCAGUAGCAUCCUUAAGGAAUGGAGCGGACAAAUCCAGCCGGCCCUCAUUGCAUCUUUCGUCUUCCUCUGCUGUCUGGAGGCUUGUUUCUGGGUCAGGAACCUCACUCUCAAAAAGAGGCUUCCAGGGCCCUUCGCUUGGCCGCUCGUGGGUAACGCCAUGCAGCUCGGCCAAAUGCCCCACAUCACCUUCUCCAAGUUGGCAAAGAAGUACGGUAACGUGUACCAAAUUAGACUGGGCAGCAGCGAUAUAGUGGUUCUCAAUGGAGAUUCGGCCAUACGCAAUGCCUUGCUUCAACACAGCACGGAGUUUGCAGGCAGACCGAACUUUGCGUCCUUCCGGUCGGUUUCGGGCGGGACGAGCAUGACCUUCACCAGCUACAGCAAGCAAUGGAAGACGCACCGGAAGAUUGCCCAGUCCACCAUUCGUGCCUUCUCUUCCGCAAACAGCCGGACGAAAAAGUUCUUCGAGAAGCACAUCGAAGCUGAAGCCGCGGAAUUGAUCGAAACCUUUCUGAGAUUGAGCGCCAACCGCCGAUACUUCAAUCCGUCUCAUGAACUCACAGUCGCGGCUGCUAACAUCAUCUGCGCUCUUUGUUUCGGGAAACGCUACGGACACGAUGACUUGGAGUUCAGGACCCUCUUGGGCAAAGUGAACAAGUUCAGCGAAACGAUAGGAGCUGGAAGUUUGGUGGACGUCAUGCCUUGGUUGCAGUCGUUUCCCAAUCCAGUGAGGAGCGUUUUUCAGAGCUUCAAAGACCUCAACAAUGACUUCUUCAUGUUUGUCAAAAGUAAGGUGGUGGAGCACAGGCGAAGCUACGACCCUGAGGUCACAAGAGACAUGAGCGACGCCUUUAUCGGCGUGAUUGAUCACGCAGAGACGGAGACAGGCUUGACCGAGGCUCAUACUGAAGCGACGGUUUCUGAUCUCAUUGGAGCAGGUAUGGAUACCGUCUCGACUGCCUUGCAUUGGAUGCUGCUUCUAUUAGUUAAACACCCAUCAAUCCAAAGCAAACUGCAAGAGCAGAUCGAUAAAGUAGUAGGUCGUGACAGACUCCCAUCGAUUGAACACAAGAGCGACCUGGCCUACCUGGAAGCCUUCAUCUACGAAACCAUGCGCUACACCAGCUGUCCCGUCACCAUCCCGCACUCCACCACCUCAGACGUCACCAUCGAAGGUCUCCACAUCCCGAAAGACACCGUGGUGUUCAUCAACCAGUGGUCGGUCAACCACGACCCCCAGAAGUGGCAGGACCCUCACAUCUUCAACCCGUCGAGAUUCCUGGACGAGGCUGGAGCUCUGGAUAAAGACCUGACCAACAGCGUGAUGAUCUUCUCUAUCGGGAAGCGACGAUGCAUUGGCGACCAGAUCGCAAAAGUGGAAGUUUUCCUCAUCGCUGCCAUGUUAAUCCACCAACUAACUUUCGAGAACGACCCAUCGCAGGACUUGAGCUUAAACUGCUCUUACGGGUUAACACUGAAGCCAUUUGACUACAAAAUCUCUGCCAAACCCAGAGAAAGCAUGUUUACUGAAGAAUAAAUGAGUGUGUGUGUGCUCUGAUAUAUUACACUGUGCAGAAUAAGGUAUGUACUUCAUAUUUAGCAACACCGACCUUCAGAUUAUAAAUAUAGCUCAUUUUAUGUGUAGAUUAAUGUAUGACUAAAUCUAAAUGUUUUCAAAUCCAAGUAACCAAAGGAAAAGGGCCAAAAGAGAUUUAACAGGACUUUAAAACAAUGUGUGCUUAAACUGAAAAAAAAAAUGUUUCUUAAAUCUACAAUUUCCCAUUUAUAAAUUUAAAUAUAUAUUAUAAAAUGUGUGUAUAAUUUGUACGUUAUUAUAAAUAUUAUAUAUACUAUUUUUGCUGA